AUGGUUUCUGAUAUUCAAGAAAUAGUGAAAGCCGGUGGACGAAUUAUUAGAAUAUUAGAUGGUAUAGUUUACGAAGAAAAUUUUAAAACUCCACCCUAUAGAGAUUAUAUUUUAAUUUUGAGAGAUCUAAGAAAUAAAUAUAAACGAGAAGGUAAUAUCGUGGGUAGUAAUUGCAUGAAAUUAUUAGGUAAUUCCUUGUAUGGUAAAUCAAUUCAGAAAGAUAUAUUCACAACUAGACAUUUAUGGAAUGAAGCAACUUUACAGGCCAACUUUGAUUCACGCGUUAAAACCUAUGAGAAAAUUAAUGAUACUCAAUAUAUUGUUGAAACAGAAAUUGAAGAAAAAGAGAUUACUACCGAAGAUAGUAAAUCUACACGACUAACACCUAGUCAUUUGGGAUCAUUCGUUUUAUCUCACAGUAAAAAAAUAAUGAACAAUUUCAUUCACGUCAUAAAUGGAUUUUAUAAACCCGAAAUAUACUAUACCGACACCGAUAGUUUGUACAUUUCAUCCAAAAAUUGGAAAAAACUAAACAGAGCUGGUUUGGUCUCCGAAAAAGACAAAGGUAAAAACGAUUACGGUGACGGUGGAAUUAUAUUUGGUUUAUAUUUAGCACCAAAAGUCAAAUACAACAUCGUUUUGACUUCUGAUGGUGUUUUAAAAGAAAAGAAAACGUUCAAAGGUUAUUCUAAUGAUAAGAUAAGUGUAGAAGAUUACGUUCAGUUAGCAAGCGGACAUGAUGUGUCGAACGAAUUUAAUAAACCAUGGGAAAAAAGUUUCACCAAUGGAGUAGUUAUUCCAAAUGAUAAACAAACUAAAGUUUUUAGAAGUUAUUUGAAUAAUGUUAAAAGAAAACCACCAAACAACGACAAAGAUGAGUAUAGUUUUCAUGAAAACUAUGAAUUUGAUGAUUUCGAUUAUCUUACUAUUCAAGAAGAGAAUGAAGAUUGUUUUAAAUGA